ACCUGCUUUUUACCACUAUUGGCCUGUGCCCAGGACUGACUACUCAGAGUCAAUGGUGCCAGGUCGGAGUCUUGGGUGGCAGAGGUGGCUGGGGGGCUUCCUGAUCCUGGCGGUGCUGGGUCUGUCCGUGGCCCUGGUCAUCUUUGUUGUCAAGGCCAACAGCAAAGCCUGCAAGGAUGGCCUCCUAGCAGAGGAGGAGUGUCACAGUGUCACCCGCCUCCUGGAGGUCCAACUAACCCAAGCCUGGGAAGGCUUACUGAGGACCGAGGCCCAGGCUGCCACCUGCAACGAGACUGUGGUAACCCUGUUGGCUUCCCUGGAGAUGGAGAAGGCCCAGAGCCAGGAGUGGCUCACGAAACGGGAGGAGCUUCGGGGAGAGAUUGAGGAGUUGAAGCACAAGCUGCAGAACGCUUCGGUGGAGGUGGAAAGACUGAGAAAAGGGACUGAGACCUCGAGCAAGAAAAAGGAAGUCGCGUCUGCCAGCUCCUUGAAAGCGCUCAGCCCCUCGGUGGUCUCUGUGCACCUGCUCCUGGCCUUCGUUGCUCUGCUGGCCUGAGGUCCCUGCGGGCCACAGUCUGGACUGGUCCGUUCCUGCUCUGCUUUUCCCUUGGAGGCUUGACCUGACCUGACCGGUUCUGAAGAGGCCACGCUGUGGCACAGUCAGGGGAAGGUGGGGGGGGGGGGGGGGGGGGGGCGGGCAGCAGCUGGAGGUACACGGAGAAGCCUUGAAGUUGGACAAAGCAGGGGAGCUGGCCCAGGGCUGCCUCCCCCUCGGGCCUCCCCGCCCCCUCCCCC